AUGAAAUAUCCUUUCAACUCUUUUCUCCUUUCUUAUUAAAAAAAUUCCGCAUUUUGCAAUACUCUCACACAUUCACUGUACAAAUGAGCUUUAAUCGGUUUCGCGUUUACGACCUGAUGCAAAAGUCAAUGUCGACAUUGCUCUUUGCGACCACAGUUGCCGGAUCGGGCUUCAUCGGCCUCAACGUAUACAACAACUGGGUCGAGAAGCAGAAGCUGCAGAAAGAGGUACACAUUGUCGAUAAAAAACUAGUAAAAAUGGCAUACAAGCGCAUGGUCAAGGACAACCCGGAAAGCAAGAGCAGUUAGAUGUGCGGUUGUAGUCUGUUUAUCUUUGUGAGCCCAACGAAUGUCAUUUUGUUUGGUAAAAAUAUAUACUUUAUGCUCGUCGACCGUAAUGUGACACGUGAUGAUACAUCGCCUAAAA